AGACAAAAGACUUUUAAGCGAAAUGUCACCACGCGCCUUCAUGCGCGUGGAUUGUCAUCUCCCUCACCCUUCAAAAUAUUAACUGCAAUAAAGCGCGCCAACACGCAACUUGUCGAACGAACAAAACAAACCCCAUUAUUAAAAUCUCCGAUUCCUCCUCCUCCUCAUCUCUCUCUCUCUCUCUCUCUCUCUCUCUCUCUCCUCUGCGUACUUAUCGACUCGGAGGCCCAAACAAGUCUUCCUUGAUUUGCUCAAGCACACUAUCUCUGCUUUCCGAAAUACUAAAAUACUCUCUCUCUCUCUCAUCAUUUUUCUGUUGCGGCAAUGGCGUCGGCGGAGCAGACCAUACUGGUGACCGGAGGAGCCGGUUUCAUCGGCACUCACACCGUGGUUCAGCUACUGAACGAGGGGUUCAAGGUUUCGAUCAUCGACAACCUCGACAACUCCGUCGCGGAGGCGGUCCAACGAGUUCGGCUUCUAGUUGGUCCCCAACUCUCUAAGAACCUCCAAUUCACUAUCGGUGAUCUGAGAAGUAAGGAUGAUUUGGAGAAGCUGUUUUCGCAAACAAAAUUCGAUGCUGUGAUCCACUUUGCCGGCCUUAAAGCUGUUGGGGAGAGUGUUAUCAAUCCUCGUCGUUAUUUUGAUAACAAUUUGAUCGGUACGAUUAAUCUUUAUGAGGUCAUGGCAAAAUAUAGAUGUAAGAAGAUGGUUUUCUCAUCAUCUGCAACUGUCUACGGCCAACCUGAAGAAAUUCCGUGUGAUGAAGAUUUUGAGUUAAUGGCUAUGAAUCCGUAUGGGCGGACUAAGCUUUUUCUUGAAGAAAUUGCUCGAGAUAUUCAGAGAGCAGAACCAGAUUGGAGAAUUAUUUUACUGAGGUACUUCAAUCCUGUUGGAGCUCAUGAGAGUGGUAAAAUCGGUGAGGACCCUAAGGGCAUCCCGAACAAUCUCAUGCCCUACAUACAACAGGUAGCUGUUGGUAGAUUGCCUGAGCUUAAUGUGUAUGGUUAUGAUUAUCCCACAGAGGAUGGUACAGCGAUCCGGGACUACAUUCAUGUUAUGGAUUUAGCAGAUGGCCAUAUUGCGGCUCUUCGGAAGCUUUUCAAGACAGAAAAUAUAGGCUGUACCGCCUACAACUUGGGAACUGGACAUGGUACAUCAGUACUUGAAAUGGUUGCUGCAUUUGAGAAAGCAUCUGGCAAGGAAAUCCCUAUCAGACUAUGUGCAAGAAGGCCAGGAGAUGCUACAGCUGUUUAUGCUUCUACAGAGAAAGCUGAGAGAGAACUUGGCUGGAGGGCAAAGUAUGGCAUAGAGGAGAUGUGCAGGGACCAAUGGAAGUGGGCAAGCAUUAAUCCAUGGGGUUACUUGUCCAAGCCUUGAACAUAUUUACAAGCACAGAACAAGUUAUACUUGACCCUUCAAAUUGCAGUGGGUUUCAGAAUUCCAAAUGGAACUACAUUGAAUAGGUCUAUUUUUAACUUAUAGAGUCGAGGGGUGUUGUACAACUUGUCACAGCUCCCCCCCCCUUCCCCCGAAAAAUAAUAUCUAUUGCUCAACUUCAGGUCCAUUUAGUUGUGUAUUGCUGGGUUUUAGUUCUCGCUUAGCAAAUAUUAUAUUUACUGUAGUCCAAGAUUGGGCAAAUGCAUUUAAGUUCAAUAAAUUGAUAUUUACAAAA